UAUAUUUUUUAUAUUUUAUAUACCCAACAACAUUACAGACUAACAACAAAACCUAAAAGAAUGACCACCAAAACACAAACCUCAACCUUGUCAUUGAAAACCUUAAGAGGAGUAUUCGAACAGCCCAAAAUGAAUCAUAGACGUGACUUCUUGCGGGAAAAUAAAUUAAAUUUACGGGAAUUGCAAAAGAAUACUACCCACAAAUUAACACAACAAAAACAGGAACACGAGAAGAAGCAAUACAAACAUUUACAAAAAUUCCAUAGAACACAGGAGCAAACGGCUCCGGCCCGACGAUCAGCUUCUCAAAGUAGAAAUGCGGAAUAUAAUGGUAGCAGACAAUCGAGAAUAACAGCAGGAGCAGAUGAAGGAGUUGGUGGUUGUGGUGGUGGUGCCGCAGCGGCAGUAAGAGGGAAACCAAAUUAUUUGGGUUUAAGAAGAGCUUAUAGUCAACAACGCCAAAGUGUAGAUAACUUACAAAUGGGCUCUUCGUGUUGUUGCAAUCAUCAAGCCCCACAAACUCAACAUAGAGAAACUCAAUAUGGGGAACGCAUACCGCGUAGUGCUAGUGCAGUAUCGUUUCUAUCCAAAGCUGAAUCUUGUGAUAAGGAAAUACAAACGGAAGAUAUACACGAUGAAGAUUUCUUAUAUGAAGCUUUAAAGAAAUGCAGCACUUCUGAAGUUCACCAACUACACAAACAAAAAUCGAUCGAUCAAUUACAUGACAGGGAUAACAAUCUGCAUCAUUCCCAUUCUAAUUAUAGUUUACAACAAAACGAACCCGAUUUAAAGUCUAUACAUUCAAGAGAUCGCGCACCUUACGUUUAUCACGAUCAUUAUGAGGACAAUAAAUCUCAGCAUGAUCAAAUGCAGCAAUUCACAUCAAGAUCCCAAAAUUCCCGAAUGUUAAAUGGACACAAUCAUAAAUAUGAACAAGAGCAAGAGAAUGUAAUGGAAAAUGGCGAAGCUGAAGAUUUACAGGAACAUUUCCACAAUUUAAAAAUUAAUGGUCACUUAAGAGGUGAACCUGAACCGCAAUCAAGUGCCAGAAGUCGUCAGACAAUGUGUUCCACCAGCACCAAAAGAAGUCUAGGAUGUCGUGAAGAUGUGCGUUUGCCACGCUAUUUGGAAAAGGAAAAACGUGAGAAGGAGGUAGAACGUGUGCGCGAAUUGAGUAAAGAUCCCAAUUGUCCUUUGGGUCACUAUGCUUUAACUGAAGAAGAACGUUUAAAUGCUCUCAAUAAAGCUAAGCAAAAAAUGGCUUCUCUUAUCAAUGAACUAAAUCACAUGCCCAUGACCACAGAAACUCUACGACUGCGUCAGCGUAAAGUCGAUAUCGAAAAGGAAUUAACACAAAUCGAAUUAGACAUACGUUUAUAUUCCAAACACAAGGUUUAUAUAGCGGAAACACCCAUACAGUAUUAGUUAAAGAAUGAUGGAUAACUUGACAACUUGUUAGUGGACGCACUUGAUAAAGGAAGGUAAACAUUAUUUUAAUUAUUCCAAAAAAAACCCAAUGGUUUCUUAUGCUAUUGUAAAUAUUAUAUAUUUGUAUUUCCCUGGCGUAAUACAAAGAAAAUAUAAAUAAAAA